CUCGUUUCCAUGCCGGGCAUGCACGGACUAGGCUGGAUGAGCAAGGGAGCAAACAAACCAUACGCGCGAUAAUGGGAACCUUACUCUCUCAUGUUGUUUCCCUGUUGGCAGGCUCCAUCUUUGUGCUAGUUCUGGCAAUUUUUGUGUACUAUGUCAGAAGAAACAGGCUUCGACAGAAAGCCAAGGCAGCGAAGCGAGCAUCCGAGACCAAAGAAGCCAUUCAGAAGCUGAAGGCGUUGAAGAAACAAUUAACCAAUCAAACAGAGGAACAGUUCUUGAGGGAAUUUGUCCAGGAGAAUGAGAUUGAGUGGGGUAAAGCUUUCAAGAUAAGACGCGAUCCCGAGGGGGUAGGGUCUUUAGUGGGACAAACAGAGUCAAUCGUGAGGAGUUCGAGCUUAACAUCUAAGAAACUGGAUGGUUCAGAUGCUCUGACGAGGGAUAGCUCUGGGGGAAGCUCUCGUCAAGAUGAGUUGGAAGCUCUUCGGAGAAUUCCGUCAAAUCACUCAACCAUGCGAACAAGCUCCAGCUCAGGAAUUGCGGAGACUCCUGAUGAAGAAACUUUCCUCGAAAGACUUGCAGAAGCGAGCGUUUUCAAUGGAGCAUUCAAAGUAAGACGGGAAGGAAAUUCCUCGUUUGUGAUUGGCGAGGAAAAUAUGGGAAUAUUUGAGUCGGCAAGCUUUUCGGUUGCUGAUGCG